UGAGAGAUGGGACUGACAGCUGGCGGAUGAACUACGCUGCUCUGGCAAAGAUUUUCGCAGUAUUCAACUUUUGCCAAAUUGCGGUUUAAUGGAUGCUCUUUUUCAAACUAUAGUGGGCUUCACGAUUUGUUUCUGUCUAUGUUACUGUCUGCUGCCUACAAGGAGCGCACAUGUGAAUUGAAUUACCUCUGUUUUGCAACGCAUGUUGUGCUGUUUAAAAGGGGAUCUGUGGUUUAUAUUGAAACUGUUGCAUAGCUUAUGUUUUAUCCGGGAUUUUUAUUGUCCACCUUUUAACAGACAUAUACCAUAUCUGGUAUAACCGAAAGUAACCAAGACUUAAUUUUGUCUUUGGAUCGAUGUUUAUUGUGGGCUUAUUGUAAAGCUCGGAGUGCCGACUAUCGAGUCUUGGGCGUUAGUGACUGUAUACAUACUGAAACUUGUUUGAGGAUUUCCGCUCGGAACAUGAAAACUUGCAGAGGUGUCCUACUUCGUGAUCAUGCCACCGUUACCUUUUCAUUAUAAACUUUGUAAGUCGAGUAAUUAGAACACCAGGUCUUCAUAUAUUGUAGUAGGUACAAAAUACUCAAUAAAUUCCAUCUUCUUUCCGGGAAGAAGCCUCACAGUAGACUCGCCUUGCUUUCCCAGGACGUCAGAUCGGAUUGUAAUCUCCUCCCCGCUUAAAGGAGUCACCCUGUAUCUGUUGUCUAACCAAAGCGUUACGGGAUAGCAUGGCAAUGGUAGUAAACCAGUGGCAAGAGAACAUUUCGGCUGAUCCUGGGUCACAGCUCCAGAUUUGCGGCCAGGAGCCCGGAGGGACACCGGGAACACCUUCUGGUUCCACCCCAGGGAACGACGCACUUUCCGGGGACAAAAUUCCCAACGUGGACUGCAUGGUGUGUGGAGACAAGUCCAGCGGCAAACACUACGGCCAGUUCACUUGUGAGGGUUGCAAGAGCUUUUUCAAGCGGUCGGUGCGACGCAACCUGACUUACACCUGCCGGGGCAACCGCGACUGUCCUAUCGACCAGCACCAUCGGAACCAGUGCCAGUACUGUCGGCUUAAAAAGUGUCUAAAAGUCGGAAUGAGGCGAGAGGCUGUGCAGCGGGGACGCAUGUCCAGCUCUCAGUCCAGUCCCGGCCAGUACCUGACCAACGGCAGUGAAGCGUAUGGUGGCCAGCCUUACCUCUCGGGCUUCAUCUCGCUGCUGCUGCGUGCCGAGCCAUACCCCACAUCCCGCUAUGGCGCCCAGUGCAUGCAGUCCAACAACCUCAUGGGCAUCGAGAACAUCUGUGAGCUGGCGGCACGUCUGCUUUUCAGUGCUGUGGAGUGGGCCAAGAACAUCCCCUUCUUCCCCGAUCUGCAGCUCAUGGACCAGGUGGCGCUGUUGCGCAUGUCGUGGAGUGAGCUGUUUGUGCUGAACGCAGCACAGUGCUCUAUGCCACUGCAUGUGGCGCCCCUGCUGGCUGCCGCCGGCCUGCAUGCCUCGCCCAUGUCGGCCGAGCGCGUCGUCGCCUUCAUGGACCACAUCCGCGUGUUCCAGGAGCAGGUGGAGAAGCUGAAGGCACUGCAGGUGGACACGGCUGAGUACUCCUGCCUCAAGUCUAUCGUCCUCUUCACCUCAGACGCCAUGGGUCUCUCAGACGUGGCACACGUGGAGAGCAUCCAGGAGAAAUCGCAGUGUGCCCUGGAGGAGUAUGUGCGUAACCAGUACCCCAACCAGCCCAACCGAUUCGGACGCCUGCUUCUCCGCCUGCCCUCCCUGCGCAUCGUUUCCUCGCCCGUCAUUGAGCAGCUCUUCUUUGUGCGCCUGGUGGGUAAGACACCCAUCGAGACCCUACUGAGAGACAUGCUGCUGUCCGGCUCCAGCUACAACUGGCCCUACAUGCCCAUGCAGAGGGACCGUCCCAUUUCCCUUCACUACAAUGAGAACGGGCCCUGAGCAUCACCCAGGGCCACUGAAGCCACACCCUCCUCAGUGGGGUCGCAGCCAAUAGUUGGACUCUAUUCAUUGGCCACAAGCCCCCCUCCUCAGUACCCAUCAGCACCACUUGCUAUUCUGAUGCACCAGCUGUCCGUGCCGUGGUAGGAAACGGAACUUGCCAUUCGCAGGCUGGUCUUUUAGAGCCUCGGCGAGAUUUCUGAAGCGGCUGCUCAGCAGUGCUUUUUGAUCUCUGACUGAGGACAUGCAUACAGCACUGCUUGACUGAAAAAGGGCUGAGUCCAUUCCUGAUUACUCAAACAAACCAGAAGCCGUUAAAGCCAAUACCAAAUUGUGUGUUUUUCUUUUUUUUACCAGGAUUUUUGAGAAAAAAAGUUAUGCUGGGGGGGGAGGGUUUCGAAGUCUGCAGCUAGUUUCAAAGGCAAACUCAAGGCCAUGUCCAUAUGUGCGUGAAAAGCUCCGAGAAGACUGUGCCUGCAGCUGAAACUGAAAGGUUAGACAGAGGAUAACCCUCUAGCCCCAGAGAACCAGAGAGGUCAGUGAGUACCUGAACAUGCUAAUGUCAUUGCCAAAGCAUACGAACCACAUGGAGCCGGUGCUGGUGACAAAAGCCUAUUUUGGCUCAUCUCAACAUUGACUUUGUAUUUUGAGUCUCUGAAGGGAUUCUUAUGAUGUGAAAGAGGCACUUGCUAUUUGAAACCAGGCCCCCUCCUCUCUCUGUGUUCUUCUCAGCUACCACCAAAAAUUCAGAACGGCUACACAGAGACAUUGUAGACUUGCAUUCAAGAUCUGUCUACAGUGUUUACUGCCAGUAUUCAAACUUUCAUUCCUUUUAUGAAGGACUAAACAUUCUAACAGUAAAAGUCAGAACCUCAGUGAAAACAUAUAGUCGGUUCUUUCGAGGACAGGGCGCCUUGCUGUAGCAAUAGAUAUCUUCCAAGUUUUCUGUUAUUUGGUUUGUCAAAGUAUGUCAAAAUAAAAGUCCAAUUGUCACGGUUUUAACAUGGCACUACAGCUUUCAAAGGCAACAUUUGGAUCUAAAAGCCAUAGGAGCUUCUGAAAGCAGGAUCUGUUGUAUUACUUCACAAAAUAUUUCUAUGAUUUUUUUCCCCUGCAUUUUAGGUUUGAAAAAAGUGAAUUGUUGAAAUAAAAGCUACCAUUCACAAAA